AUGAUCCGAUUGAAGGACGACAUACUAUCACAGGUGUCUGCAGCGCAGAGCCGCAAGCAGGAGGAAAAGUGGUCUGACGUAAAACAGGCACAGAAGGAGAAUCAGAGGGCCAUCCGCCUUAUGGAAGAAGAGAAAGUCGAAAUUGCCAAAAGGAAGGAGAUUCGUCGGGUCAUGGAUCAAACGCAGGCACAGGCCUGGGCUGAACAAAGGCAGAGAGGAUUGGAUCAACGACGAUGGGAAGCACAACUGCGGGCAAUCGAGAAACAGAGGAGAGAGGAAGCUGCUGAGAUCAUGCGCCGGGAGAAUCAAGAGAUUCUGGAACAGGCCAAAACGGAGCGCUCUCAUUUCUUUGCCAGACUCCAUCUGAGAAAGGAUGUGGCCCGAACGGAUCGGCUGAACAAGCGUAACGAGCGCAUUCAACAAGAGCUUCAGGAAUUGGCACCCAUUCGGUCAGCUGCUGAUCGUCAAGAAGAGGAGGAGCGGCGAAAAGAUGAGAUUCACAGGAGAAAGAGGAGGGAAAAUGUGGAGUUUUUGCAAAAGCAAAUGGAAGAGAAGGAAGAAAGGCUGAGGAGAGACCAAGAGUUUGAGCAGAGAAAGCUCCAAGAGCACCAGGACUUGGUGAUGAAGCAAGCUGAAAAAGACUUGCGCAAGCAGGAGGAUCUUCAGAAAAGAAGAUCUCGGUACAAAGCUGAACUUCUUGAUCAACUGGCUGAAAAGAAGGCGAACCGUGCUUCUGGGUACAAGAUAAAGGAGGAUUUCAUGAGCGACAUGGAAAUUUCGCUAAACAAGGUAAUGCUCGAGGAACUUUCUGUUUUUGUGGACAGCCCCAAGUCACACAUCGGGAAAGCGGCCAAAGAGACGUUUUGA